UUUCUAGUUUCUUUUUCUAAGUUAGCCAGAGUAUUUAGGAACUUUCUGUUUCCCAGGAGUUUAAAUAAAACAUGUCACAGAAGUCUGUUUUUCUUAGCCGCUCUUCAAAAUGGGAAAGAUGGAAGAACAUGCCAGUAGUUUUUAUUGAUUAGAAAUGUUUUGUACAUCUAUUUGGGUCUCUUUUGCUUCUAGGCUAAAUGUUAAUAAGUUCAUGUAUUUUUGGUGUCUGGAAAAUAAGUCGUUUCAAAAACCUUUGGCCCCGCCCCUUUCCUACCAACCCAAGAAAAGCUCCGCCCACUUCAAUAUCAGAAGCAUUCAUUAUGAUAGAGAAACCUUCAAAUCUGAUUAACAGCAGCAAAUCUUUCGAUUUAAGAUUUCGAUCAAAGAAAUUUGUAUUCAUUUUGAGAGACUGCGCUUUCAUUUCACCCGUUUGAUCGUUCUGAGGUGCUAACAUGUUCACUGACACCUUUAUUUACAUUUUAGAGAUAAUGUAAGGAUUUUGAAUCAAAUCCUGAUGUUUGCAGGUAGUUUAUGGUGUUUUGAUAUUUGCACAAAUUGUUUUGAGAAAUGCUCUCACUGCUUUGCAAACACGGAGGACGAUUUGGGAAAUUCACCAAAGCGACGGUAGAACUGUAAAGGAAUUGUAAAGUAUAAACACUGAGUUUGUUGUACUCAAUGACCUCUCUAAAUAUGGUAAUGUUUAACUUAGCAUGACUUUCAAAUGGCUGUGCAGUGCUUUCAUGGGAAUUUUUAGGUGAACUCACCAAUAUCUGAUUUUUUUUUGUGUUGGAAAACUGAGUGAACUUUCACAAUGAAAACAUGACAAAGCCAUCCGGCAGCCUCAUUCGUAGGCAUGGCGACAGGGCUUUUUUAUUUUGAUGAUGAAGACGCUUUCAUUGACAUAAGCACUUGCUUUAAAGGAAUCAGUUAUCAGUUUUGAGCAAGCAGCUUGCUUUUGCAGGUUAUCGCCCAGCUUUUACAGUUUACAGCGGCUGCUUUGAGAAAUGCUGUCAAUGCAGAUGCUGGUGGUGAUGCACCGAAAUGACAGAGGAAAACGAAUAUGUUCGAUUUCUGGUGCAUUUCAGGUCUUAUUUUUAUAAAAGCUGCACAGCGGCGUGACAAUCAAUAAAGGUAUUGUUUACACCAACGCCGUCACCUUCCGUCACUUUUAUCGACGUCGGAUCGGUCAAAUGGUGUUACGCUAUUAAAAACAACCAAGAGGAGGAAGAAUUUUGUGUUCAGCUUUGAUUUGACAUUUUCAGAUCAGCUCCUAAUCCUCAGCAGCUGAGUAGCAGAUUGAGGCUGUUUGUAUGUCAGUUGCUCUUUUCCCAGUACUUUCCAGUUAUCACAGGCUUCCUGGAAGGAGAUGGUAUCGAGGGGAAUCCAGCAAGCAGAAAGGAGACAGCAGAGCGUUGUGGCUUCAAGUCUUGCAUGCACACAGACGAAUCAGAAGCCAGAGGUGGGUGCAUCAGGUUCCUGCGGCAUGGGUAAACACACACCAGUGGUCGCACUGAGGUCGCUGACCCCGGCUGGUAGUUGGAGGCUCGUUUCAGUUCCUUUAAUCUCCCUGAUUUCAACAUUUUGUUGUUUUUUUCAUAUAUAAUACACAUCUAAAUGUGGGUUUUGCUCCGUUUUAUCAGCAAUACCAACAUAACAUAACUUUUAUUUGAACAGUUUUGAUUUUCUUUUUUUUUAUAUACUGUGAGCUGCAUUACUCCCACCUACCAACCUUUAAACUACCACACUAGUCACGGCCGAAGCUCUUCCUCCAGAGGAUCGAUCGCCUGCACUGACCGCUCUCCGUUUGCCCUCUGGACCCCGUGACAGUGUGCCAACACUCACCUACGCUCCACUCACACACGCACACACACUGUGGCAAUCUCCCUGCUAUUUAUCCCACGAGAAAGCUCAGAGUGCCAAGACCACCCUGGGGCUUUAGAGAGUGCGUUCUGGGAGGACUGGGAGGCAGAAGGAUGGCCGUGUUUUGGAAAGCAGUGGCAGCUGGAUUGCUCUUAGCUGUCUGCCUCAUGGGAUGGACAGUUGAUGGGCAGGGGAACGGUAAAAAAAAGGUAUCUGGGGAUUCAAUCAUCUACCUCGGCCAGGAGAGAAACCCCUGGAGGCCGCUGAUCCGCACCACAGCCAACCUCACCGAGAUCCGCAGCAUCAAGUCCACCUUUCAGUUCCGGACCUUCGACCCCGAGGGAGUGAUUUUCUACGGAGACACCAAAAAUGGAGAGGACUGGUUUGUUUUGUCCCUGAAAGAAGGGUUCCCCCUCAUGCAGAUCAGCAAAGAAGACGUGCAAGUCAGCGUGACAGGGGGUCCGAAGCUCAACGACGGGAAGUGGCACACGUUGGAUGUGAGCAACCGGGGAAAGUUUGUCAUUCUGGAGGUGGACGGCCUGCCUGGACUGGUGGUGGGAAUGCACUCCAGACAGACAAAGGAGGUCAUUUCCGGGCAACUUCGACUGGCCCUUGGUGGGAUCCUGACCAGCAAGGACAAGUUGAUCGUUGAGUUUGAGCCACAGAUGGACGGCUGCGUGCGCGAAGGCCACUGGUUAAACCUCAGCAUGCCCUGGGAGGCGGACGCCGACGAGCUCUGGCUCUGCCACCAGAACAUCCAACCUGGCAGCUUUUUCGCUGGCGAAGGAUUCGCCGUUUUCAACACCUCAGUUUUCCAAACGAUGAAAGAUCUUGGCUUCAGAGUUGAAUUUUGGGGGGACUUCACUAAGAUGGAGGGCACCAUUCUGAGCAUGAUGUCCUCACAAGGAGAGCUGCUGGCAGUCGUGGAAGCCAAUAAUAGCACGAAUGAGAUUCAUCUCACUAUCAGGAAGCAAAAACACAUUCUGACAAACGCUAUGAAGCAGCUGAGGAUUACUUUUUUUGAGAAAGCGGUGCAAGUGGUUACAUUUUUAGAUGAAGCGAAUACAGAGGUAGUUUCUUAUGAUCCGCUGAGUGCCCCCGAAUAUCUGACGGAGCUGAGAGAGGGGCGUCUCGCCAUUGGAGGUCUUCUAGGUGGCGUUAAAGAUAUGGUUGGCUCCAAUUUCCUGAGAGGCUGCCUGGAGAAGAUCAAAAUCCAACUGAAGGAUUUAGAUCUGGAUUCAGCUGUCAAAGACAUGUCAGCUUCUUCACACAGCUGCCCGGUGUAGGAAGCUUGCAAGGGGCUGGAGGAGGACAGGAUGCUGGCUGUUAAGGACUUCAUGUGUCUGUAGUUCAUAAAAAUAAGAUGACUGAUAAUUAUUUCCAGAAUAGUGUGAUUAAUUAAACAAAAACAAUAUGUCUAAGUAUAAAUCAAAAUAACAGACAAAAAGUCUGUAUGUAAAAUAUAUAUUUUUUAGCAACCUAAGAUACAAACUUAACUCAGAGAAACAAUAUGCGGCUGCAAAAUUGACUAAAAUUGAACAACCCAAAAAAAAAGAGCAAAUAAAAAAA